AUAGCAGCUUCUUUGGUAAGACUUCUACCAUUUUGUGUAAAGGGAUUUAAGCAACAGAUUGAUGCUCCUAUUUUCUAACUCCUGAUUUUAACUUGAUUUACUCUAAGAUAUGUUGAAUGGAAAUUAAGCUGCACAUUUUAUGGCUUUCAUUCAUUGAGCUCAACUCAUACAUGUCUGAUUGUGGGGAGAUUUUGUUUUUCACCUGAUCUUCACUUAAACACAGAUGAUGCUAUUUUUAAAAAAAGUUUCACAACUGCUUUUUCUAACAGUACAGGAUGUUCUCCAAUGUCACUGUCAUCUGUAAUGCGACCGUCAAUGUGACUGCUUGCUCCUACUGUGCCCUUGAGGGGUUGGCUUACAGUCUGGUGUUUCUCCUCGGUCUCCUCAUCAAUAGUGCGGCUCUGUGGGCCUUCAUCGCCAAACGAGCCUCCUGGACUGACUGCCACAUCUACAUGCUGAAUUUGGUUGUGGCUGACUUUGCCCUCAUCAUUUUCCUUCCCUUUAGGAUUUAUGAUGCCUUCUUCUGUCUACCUAAAACAUUUCUCUGCACCUUCCUACAUUUCACUCACUACAUCAACAUGUAUGCCAGCAUCCUGACCACGACAGCCAUCAGCGCCCACCGCUAUCUGACCAUCAGGUUCCCUCUGCAGGCCAGAUCAUGGAGGAAGAAGAAAGUGGCAGCGGUGGUCGUAUGUUUACUCAUCUGGGUGAUUUUGGUCUCAGUUGUUGUAGUUGUUCGAAAGCAAAACUAUCCUGACAAACUCUGGACAUGCUAUGAAAGAUGCAAAGAUGCUCGUUUCCGUCCACAGUUUACAAUAGCCCUGUUAUGUCUAGGCUACCUGGCUCCUCUGAUGAUAAUCGUGUUCUGUUCCAGUCGAACCAUCUGUAUCUUGGUGAAAGAGCAAAAUAAGUCAAAGGACAAGAAAAGAAUUGUUGAGAUAGUUAAAGCAAACCUGAUUGUUUUUCUUGUCUGCUACACGCUGUACCACUUUGCCUUUGUGAUCAGCUUAUUCUACAAAGUACCGUCAAACUGGAUGUAUGUAUAUUUACCCUCUCACAGGUUUUUACAAGUGUCUGAGUGGAUUGCUUCCACAAACUGUGUCUUAGACUCUAUAAGCUUCUACUUUUUAUUGAAAAAGUUUUACAUAUAAAUCAAUGAUAGCAUAAUAACACUCCUACGGUAUUGCCUAUUGCUUGUAUAUAGGUGUGUUGUUUUUUUGUUUUUUUUUUUAGAAUAGUGACUGGCACACUGGAAAGUUCUUAAGAGUUGCUUGAAAUUAAAAGAUUCUUAGAGAGAAACACUGACAACCCAAUUUUGGUUUCCCGGUAGAAGCUCAGAUGUUUUUUUAAUUAAAAAUACUUUUGUUUCAGCUGCUUUUGUACGUGUCAAAAACAAGCUCAGAGUGAACCAUGCUUUCGUGCUGGCAGCUCCUAAGUUGUAUAUCAAUCUUCCCUUGGUUAUCAGACAGGCCUCUUCACUUUUCUGACUGUAACUGUAUAGAUAUAUUAUUCAUUUUAUUUAGUAUUUAUUUUCAAGUUUCUUUAUUCUCAGUUAAUUGUUAUCUAAUGUCUUUCAGAAAAAGUAAUUCCUCCGACCAUUU